UGCACACAUUACACCACCCUCAAAAAGAGCUCUCAGCAGGGUGGAGCUCUCUUUUUUUCUUAGACAUAAGUACUUGUAAGAUCAAUAAAUAUAGGUGACAUUUUGUUUCUGGUGACCUCACUCUGUUCUUCAGUUACCCAGAAAAGGGAAGAGAAAGUGAGGCGUGGGGGGAAGAGAGAAUGAGAGGUCAGCUGCGUGCGUUAGAAUAAUAUCAUUUAGAAGGUUCAUUUCAGCACGUUUUGUUUUUCUUAGCUGCCUUUUGUCACAUCAAACUAAAGGGCAUUUACACGUGCCUCACAUUUGCUCACCAUUGCUGCAAUCUCUCUCUGUCUCUGUCUGCACGUCACAUAAAUCAAGAGGAAGUCUAGAGAAACAGAACCACAGUUGAGAGAGGAAGAAACAGUGUGUGACUUUCCAGUCGGUGUGUGAGUUCAUAACAACAACCUCAACGGAGCAAGGGGAAAGGAGCUCUGUUAAUGCAGACACUACAGACUAUUUCACCUUUGAACCUGGACUUAAACAGAAACAAGACUGGUGACAUCAGAAUGCUCAAUAUUUAAAGCAAGGACAUAAACAGCAACAGAUACAACUCAAUGCAUGAACAGACAGAGGAUACAUAAUAUAACUCAAGGCAUGAACUCUGGCUUUGCAGCAUAGUGAUGACCCUGCAAAAGUAGUAAUCUAAACAGAAUUCAAACAAAAAAAAUUGAAAUAAGCAAUUCCAGUAUACUCUUGUACUAAGAAAAUACCAAGAAUAGUAGUUUCUGCUAAUAUACUUUAUUUCUGGCAGUUUGGGAUAAACAGCUGUACAAUGGUCCUCUAGACCAUUGCAGAUCAGUUUUGAAAUCAUCAGGAAUCAACCUCAAUGUCAGCUUGAAAAUCACUCAGACUGUUUUGAAAGUCAAUAGCUCAGAGUCUCGUUCGAUUACUUCAAUAUCCAAUUUGGGAUCAGGCAGCAGACCACAACUUCAGAUAUCCAUUUAAAUCAUCUUCUUCCUUCAGUGCUGUCUUUAACAUGAGCAACAUGUCUGUGUCAGUGAUUGCACUGCAAACUCUUGUCCUCUACCUCACUCUCCCUCUUAUCCUGAUGACCACAGAUUUGGAUACCUACGAUCCUGAAGAGUUCGCCACAGAUGGGACACAAUUUCUAACAGAGAUUACAGACAACAGUUUGGGAUCAACUGUCACCACUGCUUCAUCUCUUAUCAAAAGCACUGUCAUUCCAGUGCCCCAUACUACAAAUGUCCCUGUAGGCAGUACUCCUACAACCGUGCCCAGUUUUGAACCUAUUGCAAUGUCGACUGUUGAAACAACCACAAUGCCCGUCAGUGAGACAACUGCAGUGCAUACAGUGGAAUCUCCUGCUCUUGAAACUUCAACUGAAGACCAAACAUCAGAGGGCUUUGUGCCUCUUACUUCUAGUCAUACCAGUGAACCCAGGAGUUUGCUCACCCCUAAACAAACAACCACUUCUCAAAUUUUCGCAUCUGAGCCCACCAGCUCAACACCAGGCCCAGGCACAACAGGGACCACGACAGAAGUUGUUUCUAACCCUGAAACCACCACUACUACUUCCACUACGCACGUAACCCCAGUCCCCACCACUGUUACCACCAUCACCCAGGUACGACCAAAUCAAACUACCUUCUCUGCUGGUUCUACUUCAACCAGUGCAAUUCCUCCCAAACAAAUGAAGGGAAACAUGUGGGUGAUUAUAUUCAUUGCCUUAGCUGCAAUGGCCUUUGUGCUCGGGAUCAUCUUUAUGUUUGUGUGCUUCAACAACCGGAGGAGAAGCAGGUCUGAAAAUUUCAAUUCUAGCCUCAGGAAUGGAGGGAGCAAGAAAUCCAAGAAGAAGAAAGGAACAGAGGAGGAUGCCUGGGCUGGGCCAGUGGCCCUGAAUAAAGAGAGAGAGGGUGGAGAGGGAGAGGUGGAAGGGAUGAAGGAAGAGCACGGGAAAGGAGAGGGGGAUUUGACGCAGGUGGUAUUGAGCACUUUCACUGCAACGCAGAAUGAGGAGGACAACGACAAGGUGAACGGGGGCUCUGCAGGAGCAAAGGAGGGUGAAAAGAAUGCAGAGGAGCUGCCCCUGCUGUUCAUAGAUGAGGGCAGGGAGGAUGAUGCUCCCUCUUUGCCUCCUCCAUCCUCCUCCCUCCCUCCUCCACUUUCCAAGGAGGAUGUUGCAGGUGAAAAGAAUGGCGGCCCUGCUUUCUGUCUGACUACUGCUGUGUGAGAGAAAGAAAAUGCACCUGAUUUUCAAUUACUAAUUAAUUUAUAAUUGAAUGUCUCGUUUGUUUGUUUAAAUGAACAAAUGUACAUUGAUUGCCUGUAAGGAAACCUCACAAAGGAGAAAGCUGCAGGUUGUAGGAUUACAAAGGGAAGACAUAAAAUGAGAUGAAUGAGGGGUGACACUAUUUUGGUGAUCCAUCCAUUUGUGUUUUGCAUUGAAAUCCAUUAUUUCAGGAAGAGGUCAUAACAACAUACAGUUGUGUUUGCAGUGCUCUAUGUAGUGUUCUACCCCAAUAAGAACAGCAGGAUGCAUUUAAGUAGUUGAUAUCUGUAAACAGCAACUUAUUUAGGUAUUUAUUGGUUUUCCUCAGAUUUGUAUAUUAUCAUACCUAUAUGAGAUUUUAGCAGUGAUUCUCAA